AAUUUCUCACGCUGACACAUAUCUCGCUUAACCAAACCGUUUCUCUCUCGCUCGCUCGCUCGCUCUUUCUCGCUCACACAAACACUUACUCACUCGUAUUUACUACACACAUGCCUGAACAGCUGUGGAACAAACCCUAACCCAGGUCCCUGGAAGAUUCUUUAGUACUCUCUCUCUUUCUCGUGUGUUGGUAGAGUAUCAGGAAAGCAAUGGAGAUAGCAGAUGAGUCGGUCAUAGUCAAUUCUAGUAGACUGAAAUCAGUCGUUUGGAAUGAUUUUGAUAGGGUCAGGAAAGGUGAUACUUUCAUAGCUAUUUGUAGGCACUGUAAUAGGAAACUUAGUGGGUCAAGUACCAGUGGAACUUCGCAUUUGAGGAAUCAUUUAAUCAGAUGUAGAAGAAGAUCUAACCAAGACAUAAGCCAGUUGCUAACGAGGGGCAAGAGAAAGGAAACAACUUUUGCUGUUGCAAAUUUUAGUUUUGAUCAAGAGCACGGAAAUGAUGAAGCAGUCAGCAUUGUAAGAACUAAGCUAGAUCAAAACUGCGUAAAAGAUGGGAUUGAAGGUGGAAGUUUUAAUUUUGAUAACAGAAGGAGUCGGCUUGAUCUUGCUCGCAUGAUCAUAUUACAUGGCUAUCCUUUGGCUAUGGUUGAGCAUUCUGGCUUUAGGAUAUUUGCUAGAGAUCUUCAACCCUUGUUUGAUAUCCCAACAUUUGAUGGAGUUGAGGCUGAUUGUAGGGAAAUUUAUUUGAAGGAGAGACAAAAAGUAUACGAGGAGUUGGAUAAACUGCCAGGGAUAAGCCUAAGUGCUGAUACAUGGACUGCUAAUGGAGAUGCUGAAUAUUUAUGCUUGACAGCACAUUAUAUUGAUGAUUCUUGGCAAUUGAAGAAGAAGAUUCUGAACUUUUUAAUGAUUGAUCCUUCCCAAACAGAGGAUGUGCUUUCAGAAAUUAUCAUGACAAGUCUAAGAAACUGGGAUAUUGAUCGAAAAUUGUUUUCGAUGACAUUUGAUAACUAUUCUAUCUAUGACAAAAUCGUUAGCAGAAUCCGAGAGCAACUCUGCCAGCACAGGUUUCUCCUUUGUGAUGGACAAUUAUUUGAUAUACGCUGUGCAGCAAAUUUGAUCAAGUUGAUGGUCCAAGAUACUUUGGAGAAGUCAUCUGAGAUACUCAGCAAAGUUCGGGAAAGUGUUCAGUAUGUUCAACGCUCCCAGGCAACACAAGAAAAGUUCAAUGAAAUGGCUCAACUUGCCGGAAUUAAUAGCCAGAAAGUGCUACGUCUUGAUAAUAAGCAUCAAUGGAGUUCCACAUACAUUAUGCUUGAAGCUGCUUUAGAAUACAAAGAUGCAUUUCCCCUUUUGCAAGAACACGACCCUCAGUAUGGAGUUUGCCCUUCUAUUGCAGAGUGGGACAGGGCAAAUUCCGUGACUACCUUUUUAAAGCACUUUUACGAUGUUUCCAAUGUUUUUGCAGGAAGCAAGUAUUCGACUGCAAAUAUGUAUUUCCCUGAAAUUUGCGAUAUUCAUCUGCAGUUGAUUCAAUGGUGUCAAAACUCGGAUGAUUUUAUUCAUUCUUUGGCAUUAAAAAUGAAAACUAGAUUUGAUGAAUAUUGGAAGAAGUGCAGCUUGGCCCUGGCAAUUGCAGCUAUCUUAGAUCCGCGCUUCAAGAUGAAACUGCUCGAGUACUACUAUCCACAGAUUUACGGUGCCGAGUCUCCAAAAUGCAUUGAUAUUGUUUCAAACUGCAUGAAGGCUCUGUAUCACGGCCAUGCAAUCUAUUCACCAUUAGCUUCUCAUGGUCCGGGAGAUGAUCGCGGGUCUGAUUCUCGAGAUCGGCUAACAGGCUAUGACCGGUUCCUCUAUGAAACUUCGGAGAGCCAAAAUAUUAAAUCAGACUUGGACAAAUAUUUGGAGGAGACACUGUUCCCUCGGAAUGUUGAUUUUAACAUAUUGGAUUGGUGGAAGGUUCACACACCAAGCUAUCCCAUUUUAUCCAUGAUGGCUAGCAACAUUCUUGGAAUUCCCCUGUCGAAAGUUUCGCUCGAGUUUAUCUACGACACUGGAAAUAGAGCAGUUGACAGUGCUCGGGGUUCGCUGAGAUCCGAUACUCUGCAAGCGUUGAUGUGUGCCCAGGACUGGAUGCGCCCCGAACUUGAAGAUUCCAAGGCUUCGUUGAGCUCCACCGCUACUUUGGCCGAACGCUAUGAUCCAAAAUGACUGCAAGAUUUUGGUUUGGUGUGCUUUUGCGAUUCAAGCAUUGCCAUUCUUUUGCACACAAUCUGAAUCUGUACAUACUUUUGUCAGGAGGUCUGUUCCUCUUUCAUCCUCUUUCCAUGCCAAGACUCUAGAAUUAGUUUCGUUUUACAUUCCCAUCUUGUCGAAAAAAGUUGCAGAAAUUUUGGAAUCUCUAUUUUCAUUUAUUGUUACCCCUAACUCCUGGUGCAACUGUAAAUAGAGCAUGGAUAUUGCUGUGGGCUUGGUUUUGAACAUAAGAAAAUUUUGGCUAUGGUGUUCCAUCCAUGGCUGAUGCCGCUUUUCGGCCCUUUUUGCUCAGCCCACUUUUAUUUCAAGAUUGCACCUUUUUAUGUCCAUGGCUGCACAGUUUGCUGCUGAAGUUGCUGAUACAUUUCAGAGAUGAAGGCAAAACCAAACAAAAUCGCCUCUUAUGUACCAAAAAAUGGGUAGAUCUGUGAUUUUCCUAGACAUUGAUGUGAGUAGACGGUGUUUUGUCACAGAUUGUCCAAUUUUUGUACCGUGGUAAAAAAAAAAAAAAAAAAAAAACACAUUGAUUUCCGUACAAGGGAUUUGUCUAUUCUUAU